CAUAUCUGUUUUGGAAUCUUUAAUAACGAACAUGUUUUUAUUCAACAGCGAAAUUAAAGGGAAAAUCGUACAAGCAUUUACAACGAUUAUUGUUAAUUUAUUAAUGAUUAGUGAUGGAAUGCAUUAUUCUUGGUCAUCAUCCGUAACUCCACAACUACAAUUAAAUUCGACCGACUUAAAUCAUCCAUUAACCAACAGCGAUGUAACAUUACUAGAAACAAUUUAUUUAAUCGGCGGAUUAACAGCUUUACCUUUCAUGAUGUAUUUUCCGGAUAAAUUCGGCCGAAAAAACACGAUUUUCGGCGCGAUUUUAUCAAGUUUUAUUUCUUGGAGUUUAAUAGCGAUUUAUCCGGACAUAAAAACUUUUUGUGUUUCCCGAUUUUUGGCGGGAAUGAGUGCGGAUACUGGUUAUGUUUCAAUUCCAAUGUAUAUAUCAGAAAUUUCUGAUAAAAAUAUAAGAGGGGCUUUAAAUGGACUAACUUAUAUCCAACUUACGAUUGGUGUUUUAAUAAUAAUGACAAUCGGGCCGUUUAUAUCGGUUAAUAAAUCAGCUUUAAUCGGCGUUUUUAUAAAUUUAUUCGCAUUAAUUUCUUUUAUUUUUAUACGCGAAUCUCCGUAUUUUUAUUUAAAAAGACAACAAAGAAAUAAAGCGGAAGAAUCGUUGAAAAUAUUGAGAUGUAGCGAAAAUGUUAAAAUUGAACUUGAUGAAUUAGAAGAAGCCGUUCGAAGACAAGAAAAAGAAAAGGGGAGAUUUAUGGAUUUAAUAAGUUCAAGAAGUAAUCGAAAAGCUUUAAUUUUGGUUGUAAUCGUUUUUUGUUUAGUUAACAUUUCCGGUGUGCCGAUUAUUUUUAUGAACGUUAAUACAAUUCUGAAAGAAACUUCGGAUCAUUUCUUUCCAUCGGAAUACGGUGCUAUUUUAUUCUCAUCCACUCUUUUAAUCGUUGGAAUUAUUGCGACUCUCUUCGUUGAUAAAAUUGGAAGGAAAAAAUUAUUAAUUUUUUCAGGAAUUUCAACAUCAGCUACUUUAAUUGUUUUAGCCACGUAUUCUUUGUUGCAAUACCUAGAAUCUGAUUGGGCGAAAACACACAAUUGGAUACCGUUUAUUUGUAUUAUAUUGUAUGCAGUUGGAAUGAGGUCGGGACUCGGAAUAGUUCCUUUUAUAUUAAACGGAGAAUUAUUUCCGAUGAGUGUAAAAUCAAAGGGGAUGACCGUCGCUGAUUGUUUUUAUUUAAUUUCCGGGAUAAUUUGCGUAGUUUUCUAUCGGGAAUUAAAGGAAUCUUAUGGAAUGUAUAUCCCUAUAUAUUUUUUAGGUUGUUUUACCUUGAUAAUUACAUUGAUUGUAUCGGUUAAAUUACCUGAAACUAAAGGAAAAACUUUAGAGGAGAUCCAAAUCAUGUUAUUGAAAUAAAAAUUAAAUAAUUAAAACGA